AUGACGAACCUCCAAGCGCCUGCGACGCCAACGGCGUCCGAGGCCAGUACCAUCGGCUCGGAGCCAGACCUCGAGGGCGGCGAGGGCAGCGACGUGUCGCCGCUCUUGACGCCGCAGGCCGCGCUGCAGUCGCUUUGGGGCAAUAUCAAGAGCAAGAGCUCGGCGACCAUGUCACCAGCGCAAAUGGACGCGAUGAAGAGCUAUCCGCAGCGUUUCAAGACGUUCGUCAUGCUCAUCUUGCUGUCGGGCCUCUUCUUUGGCAUGGCCUCACUCUUCCUGCCGCUUCUUCUCAUCCGUCCAUCCAAGUUUGCGCUGAGCUUCUCGCUUGGAAGUGUGCUUGCGCUCUCGGCGAUUGCAGCGCUGCGUGGCUGGAAGAGCUACUGCCUCUCGCUCGUGCAGCCCGCCCACUUGCUACUGACGACUUUGUAUUUAACCUCGCUCGUCUCGACCCUCUACGCGUGUCUUAUCAUGGGCAGCUACGUGUACGUGAUUCUCAGCGCGUCGCUCCAGCUCAUCACCCUCGGGUACUUUCUCCUCUCGGCGUUCCCUGGUGGCGUCGCGGCGCUUAACACUACGGGUCGCAUUGUCGCCAAGAGCGCCAAGGGGAUUCUUAAAGGCUGCAUCAAGCUCUUUCAAUGA